AUGACGCUUUUGUUCGCCUCCCGACGAGUCCUCCGGUACCGUCUCGCCCGAGCUCUGAUCAUAAUCUUCGCAAUAUGGAAUCUGGCCGAGAUACAUCUGAUCCAGCAUCGAGUUUAUGAGGCAGAUAACACUGUCCUUCGACACCGGCCGCAAAAGCGCGAACGCAUAUAUAUUGCAAGCAUCAAUUGGAACAAUGAGCUCGUUCUCCGCAGUCACUGGAGCAAGGCACUCACACAGCUAGUCUUGAAGCUUGGUCCAGAGAACGUGUUCGUCAGCAUCUAUGAAAGCGGCAGCUAUGAUAACACGAAAGGCGCGUUGAUAGAACUGGACGGAAAGCUCGAGCGGAUGCGGGUGCCACGGAAUAUCACUUUGUCACCUGUGACACAUGAAGAUGAACUAGCCGCACCUGAAAGGGGUGAGGGCUGGAUUCGCACUCCAGGGGGAAAGAAAAAACUCAGACGAAUACCAUAUCUGGCGCGGAUACGGAACUUGAGCUUGCUGCCUCUGCAGGACCUUGCACGAGAGGGUAUCAUGUUCGAUAAAAUCCUGUUUCUGAAUGAUGUUGUAUUCACGCCGAACGAUGUACUCGAACUUCUAGAUACUAAUGACGGUGGAUACGGCGCUGCUUGCUCAUUGGAUUUCUCCAAGCCUCCGAGUUACUAUGACACAUUUGCUCUUCGGGACAUUGAGGGCCAUGAACCAAUCAUGCAGACAUGGCCUUAUUUUAGCUCUGCGAAAUCGCGAAAUGCAAUGAAAUAUAUGUCUCCUGUUCCUGUGACCAGUUGUUGGAAUGGCAUGGUGGCGAUGCCCGCAAGUCCAUUCACCGCCAGCCCUCCUCUUCGCUUCCGAGGUAUCCCUGAUUCACUAGCGAACUAUCAUCUUGAAGGUUCCGAGUGCUGUCUCAUCCACACAGAUAACCCACUAUCAGUGGAAAAGGGUGUUUAUUUAAACCCUUUGGUGAGGGUUGGUUAUAGCAGCGCCGCAUAUACAGCUAUUCAUCCGAUGUUAAACUGGCUCUCUUCGGGGCGGAUUAUAGAAGGGUUGUGGAUCAAUCGCUUGCGCCGCUUUGGUAUCACUUCAUGGUUGAAAGAAGAAGUAGUUCGAAGGCGGGUAGAAAAGUGGAGAGCCUUGAGCACUGGGAAUGAAGAGCGUGGGGAAGUCUGCAUUAUCAAUGAGAUGCAAAUUCUGCAUCGCUAUGGAUGGGCUCAUGUGUAA